AUGUCCGACGAUGAGCAGCACAACCACAAUUUCGAACAGGCCAGCGCCGGGGCCUCGCUGACGUUCCCUAUGCAAUGCUCCGCUCUUCGGAAGAACGGGCACGUUGUGGUAAAAGGCCGCCCCUGCAAGAUCGUUGAGAUGUCGACCUCUAAGACCGGCAAGCAUGGGCACGCCAAGGUCCAUCUUGUUGGCAUUGAUAUUUUCACCGGCAAAAAGCUGGAGGAUAUCUCUCCCUCCACGCACAACAUGGAUGUCCCUAACGUUUUCCGUAACGAAUAUCAGCUUGUCAACAUCGAUGAUGGUUUCCUCAACCUGAUGACUCAGGAUGGAACCGCCAAGGAUGAUGUUAAAGUGCCGGAGGGUGAGCUCGGCGAGCAGAUCAGCGCCUCUUUCGAUGAGGGAAAGGAUCUGCUUGUCACGAUUGUCAGUGCUAUGGGCGAGGAGCAGGCCAUCUCCUGGAAGGAGGCUCCCAAAGGUUCUUAG